AAACCACAUCUCCCAGGGGGCCGCGCGGCGUCUUCCAUCGGCUCUGGCGAUGUUGCGGAUAGCUCCAGACAUUUUUCUGCGGAUCGCAUAAUCUAAAAGCGGAUUAUAGACAGCGUUUUGUAAUUAUGUCAGGGUGUACAACUCGCUACUGACAUUGUGUUUAUUACAGCCCUUUGCCGCCGGGUAACAGUGUAGAAGCUGUACCCGGUCAUUAUCCCGUGUUCCGUCCCGGAAUCGUGCACGGGCCUACUUUGUUUAUAAGUCGUUUGUUUGCUUUUCAUUUAAAGUCAAGUUUUGGGAGGGGAAAUAAACUCGAAGUUUGGACACUCAUCGUCUGCAAAAUAUGGCGGAUACCAAAUCCAUUUACGAGAGAAGAUUUGAAGCUGCUGUCAGUGUUAUUCAGAGUUUACCUAAAAACGGUUCAUUUCAACCAUCAAAUGAGCUUAUGCUGAAGUUCUACAGUUAUUACAAGCAAGCAACCUUGGGGCCCUGCAACACCUCUAGGCCUGGGUUCUGGGAUCCAAUUGGCAAGUACAAAUGGGAUGCUUGGAAUUCCCUGGGAGACAUGUCCAAGGAAGAAGCCAUGAUUGCUUAUGUUGAUGAAUUGAAAAAGAUACUUGAGUCUAUGCCGAUGACUAAGGAAGUAGAGGAACUGCUUUGUGUUAUUGGGCCUUUCUAUGAACUAGUGGAUGACAAGAAGCAAUCCGUAUCACCAUAUGUAAUUUCAUCAGAUCUUGGCAAUGUUCUGAGUUCACCUAAGAAUUGUAAUAAAAUGAAUGGAAAAGUUGAAAGCAACGAUAGUGGUGCAGAGUCAGAACAAGGGGAAGAUAAUGAAGAGGUAACAGAUAAUGACCUUGACGAUGAAGUCGAGACAAAUGAAGUAGUGAAACUAAGAACCAUAACACAGGAACCAGCAGAUGUGAAAUUAGAAGAUGUGAAACCAGAAUCUGUAAUCUUCGAAAAGACAGAGCUACUAAGCACUGAUGUCCACAAUGGGCUUCCGGAUCCCCAGCCUGCUCUAAAACCAGGGACUGGAGAGAAAGAAAAGGAUGUAAUGGUUCAUAACAUACAACAACUUGCAAUGAAUGGUGAAAUAGAUGGCCUAGAAAGCCAAGAUGGUGAGCAUUCAGGAACUCAGCACCUCGCUAGUGAUUCAGAUAGUGAGGUUUAUUGUGAUUCAAUGGAACAGCUGGGAUCUGAUGAGAUUUUGGGAGCUGACUGCAUUGUCAGUAAUGAUUUUAACAGUUCUCAGAUGAUCUCAGAGUUUGAACACAGUCAGCUGUUAAGCAAUCAAAGUAGUUGCAAAUCAGAAUUGGAAUGUUCCAUAAAGUCUCAUCGGAAUCCUGGGAUAAUAGGGCCACUAGAUUUGGAAAAAGGUGGUGUUACCCAUGGUGGUGAAGAAACAAGAUCAAGUGGAAGUGGUCCUCAGAAAGAUAAAGGAAUCAGCAAAAGACCCGGGUUUCAUGUGCCCAGGAGAGGUCAAGGUAACAGGAUUCAACAGUCUGCAGAGGGUUUUCAGCCUGUACAGCUGGGAAAUGGUGGCGAUGAGGAGCGAAGAGGGUCAGAGCAGAUACAGAAAGGCAAUGUAAAUGAACAGAUUGCAAUAGCAGUCAUCAGGCUGCAGGAAGAUAUGCAGAGUGUGCUGGAACGACUUCAUAUUUUGGAAGCAGCAGCUGCUACUCAGGCCAAGUCAGAAAAUGCCCAGCGUGAUUCAGCCCAUUCUGGACGUGUUAAGUGUUCAUCUUGGUGGCCCUUUGACGUGUCUGGCCCUACUAUAGCAUUUGCAGUUAUUUGGCCUUUUGUUGUGCAGCUGUUGGUACAUUUUUAUUUUCAAAGGAGGAAGAGAAAACUGAAAUAGGCAAAGAUUAUCUUUAACACUACAGACUCGUGGAAUUAGACAAAAUAGGUGUCUGUCAAGAUGGUUUCCAAUUAUGCAUUCAGCAGUAUUUAAUCUUCAUUUUGCUUUAAUACUACCAUGAAUGCAUACUAUACAUAACCAAAAUCUUUGGUACUACUGUACUUGAACCAAAUAAUUCAUUGUGGAUGAAUUUAACAAUAUUGAUUUUUUUAAUUGUGACAUAGUAAACACUAUCUGUUUGCUUGAGGUAUAAUUAAAAUGGAUUUUAGGUGGAAACCUGACAAUUUAUUUUCUUCCUUUUUUCAAUGUUUGUCACUAUAAGUCAGUUGUUUUUUGAAAAAAAGUUGUUUUAGUGUACCUUAUCUGAUUCCAUGAUUCAUAUCAUUAAGGAAUUAGUGUAAAAGCAUUGAAGGAAUGGCAACUUAUAUUGGUAUAGUGACCAGGCCAAUAUACCCUCAACCAACUCUCCCAAAAAACUUACCUGGUCCUUUCAAUUGGCAUAUGUGAGAGAGAUGAUGUGCACACAUUGUCAGCAUCAAUGCAAUUCAUAAACUCCACUGCUCAUAAAGCAACUUUGGACAUACUAAGAUGUGAUCCGACAUAAUACGUUCUUUGCUUUGUAUGAUCAGUUACUCUCAGAUCAAAAACGGCUGCCAGAUGAGCGGUAGUGUUGAUCUAGAUUUUUUUGUGAUCAAAUGGAGUAGUUUGAUCAAUUGAUCAAUUUACUUGAAUGAUGUGUUGGAUACGUCUUCUAGAAAUUUUGAUUUUGUUUGACUGAAAGCCAUAUGUGGUAAGCAUAGAACAUGCAUACUGGCAGUGAAAUUUGAUAAAGUGGAGAACUACUGAGGAGAUGGUGUUUACACGUCCUUUAUAAUGCAUGUAACUUUAUUUAACUGUCAACUGUGAAGUCUAGUCGCAUCAUUGCUGUUAAUAGUUGUACAAGUUAGAUUAUGAAAACAAGUGCAAUAUUUUUCAAUUUCAUUGUUUAAAAAUACAAAUUGUAAAGUAGUUAUCUAACAAAUUUAGUACAUAUUUUAAAAUGACUUGCGAUAACCAAUUUAUUAAAGCACACUUAAUAGUAAAACAUUUUUAUGAUUACUAAGAGUUUUGCCACUAUCUUGGGACCCUGUUUAAGAUAACAAUUAAGCAUGAAAAGUCAUAGCUAUAGCUUGAAGCACAAUAAAAAUUAUUUUUAUCACGA